AUGACAGUCAAUGCCAAUGUUGUGCCGAAAAUUACAGGAACUAUACCGAGAAGACCCAUACCACAAAUUGCCAGGGAAAAGUUGUUUAGCUUGUGUAGACAUCUCCAGAUGUCUGAUACUAUUCCAACAACCUUUGAAGAUUCUAGAGUAGACAUACUCAUUGGAAAUGACUAUUACCUUGAUAUCAUCUCAUCUGAGAAAAUAGGGGUACAAGAAGGACUGUAUUUAUUAGGAUCCAAACUUGGAUGGAUCAUAACAGGAAGAACUCACAGCAGUAAUGAAAAGAGAAAAGAACAUCAGAUGAUGAUAGCAAAUGGAUUACUGUCAAUUACAGAGUGUUGUCUUCGUUCUUCAGAGAGACGUUUGCCAGUGAAACCUCUACUUGAAGACUUUUGGAAUUUAGAGACUAUAGGAAUUAAAGUCUCCCCCUAUACAUCAGAUGAUGAGGAAGCACUGAGAAAUGUCAAUAGCACCUUGGAGAUGGAAAAUAAUAGGUAUCAUGUCACUUGGCCAUGGAAGAGUUCAUGUCCAGAACUUCCUGAAAACAGAGAACUUGCCUAUGGAAGGUUCAAGUCACUUGUACACAAGAUGCAAAGCAAGCCUGCCUUCUUACAAAAAUAUGAUGAAAUUAUCCAGGAUCAGUGUACAAAGGGAAUUAUAGAGAAGAUUCCUCACAGUAGUAAAGAAGCAGGAAUAAAGCAUUAUAUCCCACAUCAUGCAGUUAUCGACCCAACGAAGCCAACCACAAAAGUUAGGAUCGUAUAUGAUGCAUCAGCAAAGUCAAAACCGAGUAACCUCAGUCUCAAUGAAUGUCUACACAAAGGACCUGUUAUGCUACAGGAUUUAUAUAGACUACUGUCGCGCUUCAGAAUGAAUAGGAUUGGAAUUGUAGCUUACGUACAGAAAGCUUUCCUGCAAGAUGGAUUGCAGCUCAAAGACCGAUAUGCCACCAGAUUCUUUUGUGAAACAGCUGAAAAUAUUAGAAACAAUAUCUACGUUGACAAUGUAAUCACUGGAGUAGAUACUGUUACAGAUGCAGAAGUUCUAUACAAGGAUAGUAAAGAGAUAUUUAGUGCUGUGUCAAUGAACCUCAGAGAUUGGGCUUCAAACAACAAGAAAUUUUACAACUCCAUUCCAAAAUCAGAUCAGUCUGUGAGAGAGAAGAUGAAGAUCUUAGGAUUGACAUGGAUCCUCACAGAAGUCAUGCCAGUUACAAAAAGAGAAGUACUGCAGCGAAUGGCAUCUAUAUAUGACCCACUUGGAUUUUUCACUCCAGUGACUUUAAAAACAAAGCUAUUUCUCCAGAUGUUGUGGAGGAAGAAUCUAGAUUGGGAUGAACAGCUUACAGAAGAAGAUGUUCAGCAAUGGCAACUUAUAUUUACAGACCUACAAGAUAUUCCACAGUGCCACACGCCAAGAUACAUUGGACUAUCAGGAGAAGUUACCUGCAGAUUGCUUUGCUUUUGUGAUGCCUCUACAAAAGCGUAUGCCACUUCUGUUUACCUGCAGAUAUUCAACAGGAAAACAAGAACAUGCAAUCUUGUAUUUUCCAAGAUUCGUCUGGCACCUGACAAGAAGAUCUCUCUUCCCAGACUGGAGUUAUUAGCAGUUCUCAUAGGGGUUCGUGAUAUCGCAAGUCGUGGAACAACUUUUUUCUCCAUUAGAAAGAACAAAAAUUGGUGGAAUGGUCCCUCAUGGUUAACAAAGAACAGAAGUGAAUGGCCCACAUGGAAAUUGCUUGACAACCAUGAAAGUAAAGAAGCUAUGGAGUCGGAGUACAGAGAUUCAAAGGUACUGUUUGAAGCUAAAUUGCUGGUGGGGGAGGGUCCUAGCAGAAUGGCAGAUAGCUCUGACAACCCAUUCUGCCUGGAUGUCAAGGAAAGUUCUUCCUUUACACGUCUUGUGCGAGUUUCCGCCUGGGAUGAUCUUCCUAGAGGGAACUGGAAAAUUGGACGCCUUUGUGAACUAAUUGUGAGUCGGGAUGGAGAAAUGCGCUCGGGAAAAGUGUUGCUUCCCAGCAAAAGGACAAUAAACAGACCAUUGAACUUGUUAUACCCUAUUGAAUGUUCGGAGAAGAGUGAUUCAAAGAAAAGCGUGGAAACAAGUGCAAAUCAAAGUACAGAAAGACCAAAUAGAUUAAACCAGGAACAUUCCAUAGAGGGGAAACCGUGUGUGACUGAUUCAGAUGGAAUUACUUCUGAAAACCGUCCAAAGCGAAGAGCUGCCGGAAAAGCAAAGGAAAAAAUCAAAGACUGGUUGGAUGCGUAA